UCGCGCUGCGCAGAGACACCGCCUGAGACCUGAGCUGCAGAUCCCUUUUGGUAGCCCAUCGAGAAGAUCAGAAGACGGUCGAGCAAGUUUUGUUCAGCACCCCCGACCACGCCACCCCCCACACAGCGCCGGCGCCGCCUCCGCCCCUCACCGCCGCAGCGAUGGUGUACGUGGAUUCGUGGGACGAGUUCGUGGAGCGGUCCGUGCAGCUCUUCCGCGCCGACCCCAGCGCCACCCGCUAUGUGGUGAAGUACCGGCACUGCGAGGGGAAGCUCGUGCUCAAGGUCACCGACGACCGCGAGUGCUUGAAGUUCAAGACAGAUCAAGCUCAGGAUGCAAAGAAGAUGGAGAAGCUCAACAACAUCUUUUUUGCUCUCAUGACUCGUGGGCCUGAUGCUGAUAUCAGUGAGGUUUCAGGGAAGGAACAGGCAGAGCAACAGCAAUCAAAGAAAGGGCGGGGCAGGAGGCAGUGAUGCCUGGCUUGCUCCUGAUUGCUUUCAGAAAAUUCACAACUGGGAUGGUUGGAUUGCCGUUUAAUUAACUCUUGUACCUGAAGGAAUUUUGGAAGAUCUUGGACAUUUUCCAGUACAGAACCAGGAACAUAUACUGAAUGCACUGUCAUGAAUUCAUGAUCCAGAAAUACUCAGUCCUUGACAUCUUUUUUUGCA